AUGUCUCCCUCGGCCCCUUCUCCUCCUCCUCUUUCUCGUUCCUUAUCGGUCUUUCCUGCACCCAACACUGUCGACAUUCGCUUUCAGCGGAACGAUAUCCAAUUCACGCUGUCCGUCCCAAGCGAACAAUUCUCGUUACUACAGUCUUACAAGCAUGUCUUUCUGCUUAGUCCCUUGUUUAAAUCUACCAGUACGGAUGAGCUACAAACCCCAAUUGAACUGGGGCUUGCUUUCGUCGAGUUCCUCAUUCAUCAAAAUGCUCCCGACAUCACACUGGCAGCUGUCAUGCGGGCCUUCGAAUCUGAGUUCCUGCGGGGCGAGACCGACAUCCACACUGCCAUUGGUAGUCUGUCCGUGACUCUCGAGCGACGCCAACAUCUUUUGCACAUGUACUUUGCAGCCUGUGCUGUUAGGGAUGAUGAUGAUCCAGAUAAUGCUCCUUCAACCUCUUGCAGGCUUGACAGUGCUUUGUUGCAUCAGGCGCAACGGGGUCGAUUCCACAUAAUGGCGGUCUUUGGCGGACAAGGAGAUGCGAGCCGUUCCUGUGUUCAAGAGCUGUCAGAGCUCCAAUUCACGUACGGUCCAGUUCUGCGAGGCUUUUUACAGGUAAUGGGAGGUCAUCUCCUUAAGCUCUCGCAGCUUUCAGAAGCAGCCCACUAUUACGAAGGGCGGCCAUUUCACCUCGAGAGAUGGAUGUCAGAUCCUGAAAGCGUUCCCGGGGGUGGGUUCGUAACCAGUUCCCCUGUUAGUGUCCCUGCUAUCGGUCUGUUGAGUCUAGCUCGAUACCUGGUUAUUUGCCAUGUUCUUGGCCUCACCCCCGGCGGACUCCGAAAGGUCUUGCGCGCGACCACGGGUCACUCACAGGGAUUACUUGUAUCUAUUGCCGUCGCCCUCUCGGAUUCAUGGGACUCUUUCUACCAAAACUCUCAGCUCAUCUUGGAGGCGUUGUUCUGGUUGGGCUGGGACUGUCACUUCAAUGCCCCGUGGAGCAGAGUCCCCGCAAUAGCCAUGGGUCACUCUGAGCGGGCAGGAGACCUGAGCGCGCCAUCAUACAUGCUUUCGGUGCGUGGAUUUAUAAGAGAGCAAUUGGACACGAUUAUUGCACACAUCAACAAACGUUUCUCGGAGGGGUCAGAAGUUCAUUUAUCAUUGAUUAACGCCCGGGACCAGUUUGUGGUCGCUGGUCCAGUUGCUUCCUUGGUCCACCUGGAGAGGCAUUUGCAACAAUCGAGCAGCAGCUUCGAAGAUGAUCAGAGUCGAAUCCCCUUUAGCAGCCGAAAGCCGACUAUCCAGUGUUCCUUCUUGCCAAUCAGCACGCCAUUUCACACACCGUACCUUCAGGCGGCUGCCGAUUCAUUAAAGUUGCGUUUUUCAACCCGCCCCAUUUUUCCACAUCAAUUGUUGAUUCCUGUAUACCACACGCGGACCGGUCAGGAUCUUCGAGCAGGCAACAUGGACGUUCUGCGUGCUGCUUUCGACGCAAUCACUUGCGAACUAUGCGACUGGCCCACAGCAUUGACGGGGGCUGCCAUCACUACGCAGAGCAGUUUCCACCCUAUAUCGCACAUCAUAGUUCUGGAUAGAGGUGGGCUGGCGCCGUUGCUCAAAAGGGUGAAGGAUGGCCAGGGCAUCCGCAUCAUCCAAGCUGCCGACCUUGACUCCCGAGAUUCGACAAUGGGGACAAUGAGAGAUCUUUUCUGUCCCAAUCUACUGAGCUCGUCGACCAGGACUCUGAGCUGGAGUCAGCGAUUUCAGCCGAGAUUGACAGCCGGGAAUCCCUUGGGGAUCGAAACGCGCCUCAGCCGGCUAUUGGGUGCCCCACCGGUCAUGGUGGGCGGAAUGACCCCUACGACGACUCAUUGGGAUUUCGUAGCUGCCAUUAUGAAUGCCGGCUAUCACGCUGAACUGGCUGGCGGUGGCUUCCACAACGCAGCCGACAUGGCCGCGGCGAUCCGAAACCUCUCGAAGAGCAUCGCUCCAGGGCGUGGCAUCACUUGCAACCUCAUAUAUGCCAAUCCUCGAGCUAUGACGUGGCAGGUAUCUUUACUGCGUCGUUUAUCGCACAGGAAAAUCCCGAUAGAUGGCCUUACCAUCGGGGCAGGUGUUCCAUCUCCGGAUAUUGUAGCAGAGUAUAUCCAGACUCUGGGCAUACGCCACAUCAGCUUCAAACCAGGGUCUGUCGCAGCCAUACGCCAGGUUGUCAACAUUGCCAAGAACCAUCCCGAUUUUCCAGUCAUACUUCAAUGGACAGGAGGCCGCGGGGGAGGCCACCACUCUUUUGAGGACUUCCACGCGCCGAUCCUGAGCACAUAUGGCCUUAUUCGUGAGCAUCCUAACAUCUAUCUGGUCGCAGGUAGUGGUUUUGGAACCGGUGAAACCAUCUACCCCUAUCUUACAGGAUCAUGGUCUAUAUCCAUGGGUUACCCCGGGAUGCCAUUUGACGGCAUCCUACUUGGUAGCCGCAUGAUGGUUGCGCGGGAAGCUCAUACCUCGCCCGCCGUGAAAGACAUAAUCUGCCACACGUCUGGCACCCCAGAUAGCAAUUGGGAAGGCACGUACACAGGCUCUACAGGUGGCGUCAUUACAGUGCAAUCUGAAAUGGGUGAGCCGAUUCAUAAGAUCGCCAACAGGGGGGUUCUGCUCUGGGCUGAGAUGGAUAAAACGGUUUUCAGUUUGCCUCGGAAGAAUCGCAAGCAGUACCUCAUCCAACAUCGUGAUUCGAUUAUUCAGCGACUCAACAAUGACUUUGCCAGGCCAUGGUUUGGUCGUGACUCUCAAGGGAUAUCCGUGGAUCUCAAAAACAUGACAUAUGGCGAGGUCCUGACCCGUCUUACUGAGCUGAUGUAUAUUCGCCAUCAACGCCGUUGGAUCGACCAGUCUUACAUUGAUUUUACCAUGACAUUUGCUAUACGAGCACUGGAGAGAUUUCAUGCGACGUUGCAUGGCAACCUGAGACUUACUCUUGCAGUUCUCAGGGAAGAUCCCGACACAUUCAUGCAUACUCUAUUUGCUGCCUACCCCGGAAGCGUCUGCGAUCUGUUGAACCCUGAGGAUGUGUCAUUCUUCUUGCUUCUCACCAAGCGACAGAGCCAGAAGCCCGUUAACUUUAUCCCGGCACUAAACGAUGACUUCGAGUUGUAUUUCAAGAAAGAUUCCCUAUGGCAGUCUGAGGAUAUCGAAGCUGUCGUCGACCAAGACGCAGAACGGGUUUGUAUUCUUCAUGGUCCUGUUGCGGCGCAGUAUUCCCAUACUGGAAGCCAAUCGGCGAAAGAAAUAUUAGACAGUAUCACAUCAACCCUAUUUGAUCUUCUUCAGCGGGACCUGACCCAGGAUGAUGUCAGCUGCGGUCUCGAUAGUGGCCUGGUCACGCCAGAUUCCUGGUCAACCGUUUCAUCAACCGCACAGGACCUGCCGUUGGAGGAGAUGUCUCUUCCCUCGUCAGUGACAAUUUCGGAGUGUACGGACGAUCGCUCCCUGUCUCCGAUGGGGCUAGGUAGUUGUCGAACUGUGCCUCUCUGGGUGCAAGCAGUUCUCGGCGAAAGGCUGGUUCUCCAAGGUCGGGAACGACAAAAGAAUCCUUUCCGUGACUUUAUCGCGACUUAUCCACGAUCAAUGGUAUGCCUGAAUGCAGACCUGUCAGAGUUGUCGAUAACUUCUGAAAAGUCCCCUCGGUCUCAAUCUUCCAUAACCCUGAAAUCCCACAACGGAAUUGACAUCGUGGUCGAAGUACGCCCCGACGAAAGAGCCACGGCACUGAGGCUCCUUUAUCAAUACAAUCCGCAAAACGUUCCUUCGAAACUCACCGAAGUCAUGGACUCCCGUAAAAACCGGAUAUGCGAGUUUUAUAAUAAUGUCUGGUUUGGCGCCACGCAGGGAAAAGACACUGCUAUCCACGACAUCUUUAAUGGCCCUGAUAUGACACUUACACCUGAAGUGCUCAAUGACAUGAUCAUGGCCGUGGGACCCGCGUUCCAGGACCACAGAGUCAUGUUUCCGGAGACAGAUAUCAUUCCGAUCGGCUUGUGUAUCGUGAUAGCAUGGGAGGCCAUCUCGCGGCCUCUGGUGGCAAAGGGUGUCAAUGGCGAUCUGCUUCGGUUGGUCCAUCGUUCGAAUGUGUUUGAAUAUGAACGGGAUGCCAAACCACUACGUAUUGGCGAUGUUGUCAGGUCGCAGUCCCAGGUUCGAGCGGUAUACGCCGAGGAUGCAGGGAAGGUCAUCGUCGUGGAGGCUACUAUCAGUCGCCUUGCUAAGCCAGUUAUGACAGUUACGUCCACUUUCCUAAUUCGAGGGUCGGUCGGGAAAGACUCGACGACUUUCCAACACACUAAAGAACCUGAACGAACGCUCGUUUUGUCGUCAUCCCUAGACGACUCGGUUCUACGACACCGAAGUUGGUUCCACGUGCAUGAAAACGCGCCCCCGCUGGUAGGGAGACCACUCGUUUUCAAUUUGGACACCCACAUCACCUAUGAAGGGGCGAAGAUCAAAACUUUAAAAGUGACAGGAACUGCAACCUCCCAAGCUCAGGGCCAUCAUCGAAUCCAAGUGGGAACAGUGAACUUCGAAUGUGACGAGUGCGUCGGCAAUCCUGUGGUUGAGUUCCUGGAGCGCAAGGGUGUCGCGUCGGGCGGGCGGGAGGACCUUGACACGCCGGGCUGGUCCGGGCCAUCAACAAUGGAAAUUCAAAUGCCUGCUAGCAACCAUGCUUACGCACAGGUAUCUAAAGACUUCAAUCCGAUCCACACGUCGACAAUUUUCGCCACUUUGGCUCAACUCCCCGGGACGAUCUGCCAUGGCAUGUGCACGUCUACGAUUGCGGCGUUCGCCUUUGAACACCUCGUACUAGAAGGGGAGCGCGAGCGACUCCGGCAGUUCAAGGCUACCUUCGCUGGCAUGGUGCUUCCGUUGGAGAAGCUGCUGGUGAAACUCAAUCACACCGGUAUGGUCGAUGGACGAAUGCUGUUCUCGAUUGAGGUCAUUCGCAUUCACAACGGAGAAGUCGUUCUACAAGCUGAAGCCGAGGUUGAGCAACCAGGGACAGCAUAUCUGUUUACCGGCCAAGGUAGUCAGAGCAAAGGUAUGGGUAUGGAUCUGUACAGUUCAAGUCCAGUAGCAAAGUCGUUGUGGGACGACAUUGAUGCGCAGCUCUAUGAGGCUUAUGGCUGGUCGGUGCUUGAUAUUGUGCGAAACAACCCGAAGACGCUCACGGUCAACUUUGGUGGCAAGCGUGGCCGGAAGAUCAAACAGAAUUACCUCGCCAUUACGGCCGAGGCGACACUUCCAGACGGCAGCCGGGUCCUGAAGCCUGUACUCGCAGGUCUCACACUGGCAUCGACUUCAUACACGUUCACCGACUCGCGAGGGCUCCUGUACUCGACGCAAUUUGCACAACCUGCGAUCCUGAUAUUUGAGGCGGCGGUCUUCGGCGAAAUGCGUACCAAGGGUUAUGUCUCUCGGGAUGCAGUCUAUGCAGGUCACUCGCUCGGGGAAUACGGAGCUCUCAGUGCGCUAUCUCGUUACGUUCCGAUCGGCGCUCUGGCGGAACUGGCUUUCUAUCGGGGCUUGAUGAUGCAAGCGUCCGUGGACGGACAAGGCAGCAUGACCUACGGCAUGGUAGCUGCCAAUCCCAAGCGUGUUGGAUCAUUCUUCGAUCAAUCCGCACUCGCCCGCCUGGUCGAUAUUGUCGCUCGCGAAAGCCAGGAGCUGCUGGAAAUCGUCAAUUUCAACGUUGAUGGAGAGCAGUAUGUCUGCUCGGGAACGACCACCAACUUGCAUGUUCUGGGAAAUCUCAUGGAUCAUAUCGCACAGUCAGCCAACGGGUUCGACGAAGUUCGGGCCGCCAUGGAAUCGGAAUCUGCAGAAGCGAGCGGGACUGAACUUCAACGGGUCAUACGGGCUCUGCUCGCGGAAGCCCGCCGUCUCCCGCGUCCCAUCGAGCUUCAACGCGGCAAGGCGACUAUUCCCCUGCAAGGGAUAGACGUGCCGUUCCAUUCCAGCCACCUGCGGUCAACCGUUGAUCGAUUCCGACAAUGUCUGCUAAAGCCCGGUUUCCUCAAUGGGAACAUAGAUGUUGACGAGCUGGUGGGCAAGUAUAUUCCUAACCUGAUGGCGAAACCCUUUUCGCUGGACAAAGCGUACAUACGAGAGGCAUAUGAAUUGACGCACAGUCCGAUUCUAGCGCAAAUGCUGGGAGGAUCGUAA